UACAAACAUAAGCUCCAAAAUACUAGAAUUUAGUGGAUAAAAUUUGUUGGGUGAUAAAAAGUGGAGAAAUAGGAUAAUAUAACCUUUAGAAAGAGAGAACCAACCAAUUCUGAUUUCUGACACAUGGCGCUUUGUUCCUCACUCUCACAUGUCCCUCCUAUCAUCACUUCUCCACCUAAACUCACUUCCAAAUUCUCCUCAUCUUCAACACCACACAACUUGCAUGGCAUCUUCACCAAAAGUAAAAACAAGUUCUUGUUGAAUGCUGGUUUCAAUUUAGUUGAGCCUGACCUCAAUGAAGAUCCUAGAGAUCAAUUUAGAACUAAUGGCAUUGAACCUGAAGAAUUUGAGUAUGGAAUAUUUGAUGGUCACCACACUUUCAAUGAAGGAGAAGAAAAGAAAGGAACAUUUUGGGGUGCAAUUAGGGAUGAGAUAGCAGCAGCAGAACCCCCCACUGGAUUUCAAGGGCUUAUUUCAUGGCUCUUCCCACCAGCCAUUGCUGCUGGGGUAUUCUUCAAUGUUCCGGGGGAGUACUUGUACAUUGGAGCAGGAAUAUUUACAAUCGUAUUUUGCAUAAUUGAAAUGGAUAAACCUGAUCAACCUCACCACUUUGAACCUCAAAUAUACAAUAUGGAAAGAGGAGCUAGAGACAAGUUGAUAAAUGAAUAUAAUACCAUGAGCAUAUGGGAUUUCAAUGAAAAAUAUGGAGACGUUUGGGAUUUUACAAUCAAGAAGGAUGACAUAACCAAAAGAUAAUUAAUUGUUUCUAAAGUUCUUGUCUAUAUCUAUCUAUAUGACAAUUACUUCUUAAAAUAUACAUGAAGGAUACCCUUUUAAAUUUGAUUUUUCUCUUGUUGCUCUUUCUGUUUUUCUGUUGAAUCAAAAUGUGUAUAUUGGACUCUAAUAAAAUAUGUGUAUAUUCCCUAUUUCUAUAAUAAUCACAAACUCAAAGUUUCAUCCA